UGGUACAGAGUGCACCGCGGAUGGAUAUGUAAACGCAUGUGUAUAAAGAUUCCGGUCUAUCAAAAGGACGUCCCUUUCCUUUUCCCUGCAUCUCAGAGAGCAGAGGGGGACAUUUAUUUGUUUGCAUUUUAUUCAAGAAAAGUCAACACAACAAUCAAGAUGCCUGAAGAAAUGCAACAAGAGAUUGAGACCUUUGCCUUCCAGGCAGAGAUUGCUCAGUUGAUGUCCCUGAUCAUCAACACAUUCUACUCCAACAAGGAGAUCUUCCUCAGGGAGUUGAUCUCUAAUGCCUCUGAUGCUUUGGAUAAAAUUCGCUACGAAAGCUUGACUGACCCGACAAAGAUGGACAGCGGCAAGGAUCUGAAGAUUGACAUCAUUCCUAACAAAGUCGAUCGCACCCUCACCAUCAUCGACACUGGCAUUGGCAUGACCAAGGCUGACCUGAUCAACAACCUGGGAACCAUCGCCAAGUCUGGCACAAAGGCCUUCAUGGAGGCCCUGCAGGCUGGAGCUGAUAUCUCCAUGAUUGGUCAGUUUGGCGUGGGUUUCUACUCCGCCUACCUCGUAGCUGAGAAAGUGGUCGUAAUCACCAAACACAAUGAUGACGAGCAGUACGCCUGGGAGUCCUCCGCCGGUGGCUCUUUCACAGUUGCCGUCGACAGUGGAGAGCCUAUUGGCCGCGGAACAAAGAUCAUCCUGCAUUUGAAGGAGGACCAGACUGAGUACAUUGAGGAGAAGAGAGUCAAGGAAAUUGUGAAGAAGCACUCUCAGUUCAUUGGCUACCCCAUCACCCUCUUUGUGGAGAAGGAGCGCGACAAGGAGAUCAGUGACGACGAGGCCGAGGAGGAGAAAGCGGAGGAGAAGGAAGAAAAAGAGGAAGCCGAGGAUAUGCCCAAGAUUGAAGAUGUCGACGAGGAUGAAGAGGACGACUCCAAAGACAAGGACAAGAAGAAGAAAAAGAAGAUCAAGGAGAAGUACAUUGACCAGGAGGAGCUCAACAAGACCAAGCCCAUCUGGACCAGAAACCCAGAUGACAUCACAAACGAGGAGUACGGGGAGUUCUACAAGAGUCUGACUAAUGACUGGGAGGAUCACCUGGCUGUGAAGCACUUCUCUGUGGAGGGUCAGCUCGAGUUCCGGGCCUUGCUCUUCAUUCCUCGUCGUGCGCCUUUCGACCUCUUUGAGAACAAGAAAAAGAAGAAUAACAUUAAGUUGUACGUCAGGAGAGUCUUUAUCAUGGACAACUGUGAAGAGCUCAUCCCGGAGUACCUCAACUUUGUCCGUGGUGUGGUGGACUCUGAGGACUUGCCCCUCAACAUCUCCAGAGAAAUGCUGCAGCAAAGCAAGAUCCUGAAGGUCAUCCGCAAGAACAUUGUCAAGAAGUGUCUUGAGCUCUUCGCCGAACUGGCCGAGGACAAGGAGAACUACAAGAAGUUCUAUGAAGGCUUCUCCAAGAACAUAAAGCUGGGCAUCCAUGAGGAUUCCCAAAACCGCAAGAAGCUGUCAGAGUUGCUUCGCUACCACAGCUCCCAGUCUGGAGAAGAGACCACCUCCCUCACAGAAUACCUCACCCGCAUGAAGGACAACCAGAAGUCAAUCUACUACAUCACUGGUGAGAGCAAGGACCAGGUGGCCAACUCUGCCUUCGUGGAGCGCGUCCGCAAGCGCGGCUUUGAGGUCCUGUACAUGACAGAGCCCAUCGACGAGUACUGUGUUCAGCAGCUGAAGGAGUUUGAUGGCAAGAGCCUGGUCUCUGUCACCAAGGAGGGCCUGGAGCUCCCUGAGGAUGAAGAGGAGAAGAAAAAGAUGGAGGAGGACAAGGCCAAGUUUGAGAGCCUCUGCAAGCUCAUGAAGGAGAUCCUGGACAAAAAAGUGGAGAAGGUGACAGUUUCCAACCGUCUGGUGUCAUCACCCUGCUGUAUCGUGACCAGCACGUAUGGCUGGACGGCCAACAUGGAGAGGAUCAUGAAGGCCCAGGCCCUCAGGGACAACUCCACCAUGGGCUACAUGAUGGCCAAGAAGCACCUGGAGAUCAACCCUGACCACCCCAUCGUGGAAACCCUGCGGCAGAAGGCUGAGGCCGACAAGAACGACAAGGCGGUCAAGGACCUGGUCAUCCUGCUGUUCGAGACGGCCUUGCUGUCUUCUGGCUUCUCCCUGGACGAUCCACAGACUCACUCCAACCGCAUCUACAGAAUGAUCAAACUUGGACUUGGUAUUGACGAUGAAGACGUCCCCACUGAGGAGGCUACUUCCACAUCGGCCCCAGAUGAGAUUCCUCCACUAGAAGGUGAUGGUGAGGAUGAUGCUUCACGCAUGGAAGAAGUUGAUUAAACACCCCUCCAGAUUUCUAUGGUUCAUCCUUUAAACUGCAGUAACUUUAAAACAAAUAGUCAUUCAUGUUGUUUGGUGGACCAGUGUUGCUCUUGUUGUGGAGCAUUUAUCUGCAAGACCCUCCCCCCUAAAGAGAAGCGGUUUGUUUUUUUGCUGUAAAAGUUGGUGACUGCACAUUGCGUCUUAGAGUACCCUGUUGCACUGAGUUUUAAAUAUGGGAGUGAACAUGGGAAUGGUACAUUCCAUUAUCAGGUCUGAAGGUUUGGGUGAGUUCUGUUCAUCGGCCACACUGCACGCUGCAUGGAGAAAGAGGACUGACUAUAAGAUUCCUUUGCCUGAGUCCAGGCUUGUCUGUCUUAAAGUAUUGUUUUGCAAAAAAAUUAAACCUGCAAUACUUAACUCACAAAA